CACACCGGAGCACAGACUAGCUAGAAGCUCACUCGAUCGAUCGAUCUCGCCGGAAAUGGCAGCUCGCCGUAGUGUCGUCGGCGUCGUCAUCGGCGUCGUCCUCGCCGUCGUCGCGGUCCCGGUGGCGGCGGAGUUCAAGACGGUGUACGCGUUCGGGGACUCGUUCACGGACACGGGGAACACGCACUCGACGACGGGGCCCUACUCCUUCGGCUACGUCUCCAGCCCGCCCUACGGCGCCACCUUCUUCCACCGCUCCACCAACCGCUACUCCGACGGCCGCCUCGUCGUCGACUUCCUCGCGGAGCGCCUCGCGCUGCCGUCCUUCCUCCCGCCCUACCUCUCGCCGGCCGCCGCCAACGCCACCAGCGGCGUCAACUUCGCCGUCGCCGGCGCCACGGCCAUCGAGCACGACUUCUUCGCCAGGAACAACCUCAGCGUCGACAUCACGCCGCAGUCCAUCAUGACGGAGCUCGCCUGGUUCGAGGCGCACCUCCGCCGGUCGCCCGCCGCAGCCGCCGCCGUCGGCGACGCGCUCUUCUGGGUCGGCGAGAUCGGCGCCAACGACUACGCCUACAGUUUCAUGGCCGCCGCCACCAUCCACCCGGCGCAAAUCCGGACCAUGGCCGUCGACAGAGUCACCACCUUCCUCGAGGCGUUGCUGAAGAAGGGCGCCAAGUACAUCAUCGUGCAGGGGCUGCCGCUCACCGGUUGCCUGCCACUGACCAUGACGCUGGCGCGGCCGGAGGACCGCGACAACAUCAGCUGCGCCGCCUCCGUCAACGCGCAGAGCCACGCCCACAACCGGCGCCUCCUGGCCGGCGUCCGGCGGCUCCGGCAGCAGCACCCGGCCGCCGUCAUCGCCUACGCCGACUACUACGCCGCCCACCUCGCCGUCAUGAGGGCGCCGGCGAGGUACGGCUUCACGGAGCCCUUCAAGACGUGCUGCGGCGCCGGCGGCGGCGCCUACAACUUCGAGAUCUUCUCCACCUGCGGCUCGCCGGAGGUCACCACCGCCUGCGCGCAGCCGGCCAGGUACGUCAACUGGGACGGCGUCCACAUGACCGAGGCGAUGUACAAGGCCGUCGCCGGCAUGUUCUUCCAGGACGGCAGCUACUGCCAGCCGCCCUUCAGCACCGUGCUCGCCAGGAAGAAGAAAGGGCAUUAAGCCCAAGUGAUCAGAUUUCUUUUCAGCCUAUUUUGUUACUACUACUCCAUAUCUCAGUAAUAUUCAGUGUUGUCUUUUCUAGUAGUAGUAGCUAGGUGACCACUGAUCAGCAUUGCCAUUAAGGCCUUGUUUAGUUCCUAAAUUUUUUUUCUAAAAACAUCACAUUAAAUUUUUGGUCACCUAAAUAAAGCA